AUGGAAUUCAGAUACAAUAUAAUAAUAUUGUUUAUGUUUACAGUUUUGUUUUUCGUAAUUAGAUCUCAAGGACCAACAGCCUGUGUUUAUGAGGACAAGUACGGAUCUAGGCGGCCUAUUUGCUUGUGUUUUACAGGAGUUGUAAAUUGUUCGGGUCAAAAUUUAACUUAUAUACCGAAAAUACCGAAUAACACACAGACCUUAGAUUUAAGUGUAAACUCUAUAAGACGUUUGGAUAUCAACAGCUUUGAAGAAAUAUCAAUAGGAUCACCUAACUUGGUAAAGUUAUACGUCUUUAAAAAUCGUAUAUCCAGUGUUGAUCGUAAAUGUUUGCAUAAAUUAAAAGCUUUGACUACUUUGGAUGCAAGUUUCAACAAUGCUAGAAAUCCAACACUUAUCGCUAACUUAACUGACGGCAUUGCAACAACUUUAGAAAAUCUUCUUUUAGAGUCAAUGGAUUUAACAACGAUAUUACCAAAUGUGUCCAAGAACCUCGAACAAUCAAACCUUAACAAGCUUUCAUUUAAAAACAACAGCAUACAACAAGUGGACUUUCAUAUUUUCAAUUUAAAGAGAUUAAAGCGGCUGGACCUAUCGUAUAAUUCACUAAGGAGCAUAAACAUUUCCCUGUCUACAAGUUUAAAUAGUUUAAGUUUGUCAUCGAACCAUUUAACUGGACUUCCGGUCUGUUGUGACAGAAGACCUGGGUUGCCGUCUUUAGAAGCCAUUUACUUAGAUAACAAUUGUAUUCGUAAAUUAGACAUGAAACGUAUCAAUUGUUUAAGUAACUUGAAGAUGCUAAACAUUUCAAAUACGCAAAUUGAACGCAUACCAACGAAAGCCUUUUAUUAUCUUCGGUCAUUACAAGCUGUGACGAUUGAAAAAACUGAAAGCCUUACUCAAGUUGAACGUAACGCUUUUGAAAGUCAAUCGCUAAUAAACAUCUAUAUCAGCAAAAAUCACAUGUUGUUCGAUUAUCAAUAUAUAGACAACGCCACUAUGUUCCAGAAUGUUCCUGCUUUGACCCGUUUGGAUUUGUCAUACAAUGAAAUGAAGCAUAUGGAACAAAUCCAUUGGUCAAAUAUGUUGUGUAAUGCCACUGGGAUAACAUAUCUAGAUGUUAGUAAAACUGGAUUAUAUUAUGCUCCCUUUGCAUUUACGGAAUGUUUAUUGAACCUAACGUUUCUAUCAAUGGCUGGAAAUUGGAUAAGAUAUCUCCCCCCGCAAUAUUUCGUUCCACUAAAAUCAUUAACUCAUUUAGACUUAAAUGAAAACAAAUUGGCAGUAUUUUCAGCUUUAGAUUUUCCACCUACCUUUGUUCAUCACCUUUCCUUACUUGAUUUGAGGUUUAACCCGUUUAUAUGUGACUGUAAAAUAAUCUUCUUCUUAAAAUUUGCCAAAAUGUAUAAGAAGAUCAUGGUUGGCUACCCAAAGAAUUUUGAAUGUUAUAAUGGGACAGUCAUUACAAAAGUUGCAAAUGUAUUUACACAAAAGUCCUGUUUGCUGCAAACCGAAGUUUCAGAGAUAAUCAAUUGUACGAGCUUUUCAGUCAUUUUAAUGGUGGUACUUACAUCAGCUAUUUAUCGCUAUCGAUGGAAGCUACGAUAUAUACUCUUUGUGCUCAAAUUCCAACGACGUAAGUGUACGAAUACCAACAAUGUAUCUCAUGUUCACGAUGUGUACGUAAGUUCCGCGGAUGAAGAUUUUGAUAUCGUGUAUCGCCAGUUAGUAAGUGAAUUAGAAAAUAAGGGACUUAAUGUUUUCUUCCCUUACCGAGACGCUAGACCUGGAACAAUCGCUAUAAGGGAAUCCUUGGAACAUCUUGAUAGCAGUAAAUAUGUUCUGUUGUGUGUAUCUAAUGCCUAUGCUCAAGACAACUGGUGUGAAUUUGAAGCUUGCAUGGCGUUAGAGAGAUCAAUAUACGAACAGGGCGAAGAUGAUAUUAUUGUUGCUAUUAUUCUGGAGGAAAUUGACAGUAAUAAUGUUACUAAGAUCAUUGACAAGAUAACUCGAACUGGUGACUAUUUGAAAUGGGAUGCAAAUCUGGACACUAUAAAUUUAUUCUGGAGGAAACUUGAGCAAAGAUUACACUAUCAAUGUCAUGAAAGGCCUCGAUUUAUUCCAAAUUCCCAAAUGUUUUCUAUAAAUCAAUCUGAUGAACAUUAA